AUGUCGUACACUCUCUACGACGGCAGCGUCACGCAAACCCUGGCCGCCGUCCGCGCCUGCCAGGCCCUCGUCCUCAAGGCCGAGGCACACGCGACGGCCACGUCGACGCCCAUCGACCAGCUCCUCGACGCCCGCCUCGCCCCGGACAUGCUGCCCCUGACCUUCCAGGUGCACAUGGUCACCGACACGGCCCAGAAGCUCGUCGCGCGCCUGCACAACGUCGAGCCCGCGCCGACGUCGUGGCCCGAGGGCCUCAAGACGCUCGCCGACGUGCGCGCCCGCCUCGACGCCGCCGUCACCGCCCUCGAGGGCGCCGACCGCGCCACGUUUGAGGAGCGCACCGACGCCACCGUCAGCUUUGGCAUGGGGCCCGGCAAGUCGGCCGAGCUCAAGGCCAAGGAGUACGUCGCCGGCUACGUCGUGCCCAACGUCUUCUUCCACACGGCCAUUCUCUACUCGAUCCUGCGCAAGGAGGGCGUCGUCAUUGGCAAGAUGGAUUACCUGACGCCGUUUAUCGGUGGAUACCUUGCUUAA